AUGGCAGACGACGGCGGCAGCUAUGUUGUCAUUGGAACGCCAUUUGAAGUAUUAGAUGAGAAUGAGCCUCGUAAAAAGCCUAUACCGAUUCAUGAACAAGUAGUGAAGGAUGAAAAAGGGCGUAGGAGAUUUCAUGGAGCUUUCACUGGAGGAUUUUCUGCUGGCUAUUUUAAUACAGUUGGAAGUAAAGAAGGAUGGACACCAUCUGCUUUCGUUUCUUCACGUUCUGAUCGAAAGGAUAAAAUGCCAGUUUCCAGUAACCCAGAAGAUUUCAUGGAUGCUGAAGAUUUUGAAGAUUUCGGUAUAGCACCUAAAAGGGUAACUGUUAAAGAAAAAUUUGCUGGUUCAGAAUUGGAAUUCGCUGGAUUGAGGCAGCAAAUCGCUUCUGAAAAUAACAUUCUAAGCGAGAAUAUUUUGCAAGAUUUAAUAUUACCCGCAAAGUUGCCUAUUGGAGAGAAAUUAAUGAAAAAAAUGGGUUGGAAAAAGAAUCAAGGUGUUGGCCCUAGAGUUAAUUACAAGAAAAAGACUGACACACGUAUUAAUCACAUAUUUAAUGUUCUGUAUAAUUGCGAAAUGCUUUUAGGCAGUACAGAUAUAGGCAUUGAUAGCGAAUUCGAUAAUACACUACGUGAUGAUCCUUACUCGAAGGGAAUAUUGUUUGCUCCAACUGACACUGUCAGCGUAUCUUAUGAAAUUAAAGAUGAUCAGAAAGGUCUUGGAUAUAAAGGAUUAAAUCCAGCCGAUGUAUUGGGAAUAACCGGUGAUAUAAAUUUAUCAAUCCCAUAUAAAUCUGCAGAUAAGAGAAAAGGAAUCACAGGACAGGCGUUUGGUGUAGGUGCACUUGAAGAAGAAGAUGAUUCAAUAUAUUCGAUUGAUAAUAUGACAAAUUAUGAUACUAUUCUUAAUGAUGAAAGUUAUAAAAAUGAUUCGCAUCAGAAGAUUGCCGUCAAGAUUGUGAAUUUAGUUAAAAAUAGAUCACACGGACGGCAUCAGCUUGAAGGCUUUUUACUUGCUGAUCGAUCACAAUCUCCUACUAAGAAAUUCUUACCUCCAGAAUUGCCACAUGAAUAUAGGCCUAUUCAUAUUUUUAAGGAUGAUGUUCCAGUUACUGGUUCAUCAGAUAGUCGACAUAGCAUGUUGAGCACACAAAGAGGGCAGCUUUUGGGCGAACAACCAAUUGAAGAUGACAGUAAAAUUACAGAAUGGGAAAAGGAGCAGGAAAAAGAAGAUUUUGCUCGAACAGCUAAACGAUUUGAAGUAUUAGGAAAAGCUAUGGCAGCACGAUUUACAUCGUCACGAUCUUACACGUGUGGCGAUGAAGAAAUAACCACUAUAAGCGAUCAAACUGAAGAGGAUUCCGAUUCAAGAGACCGUGCUAAAGCUGCUUCAAUGAAGUUAUUUGGAAAGUUAACCCGAAGAUCUUUCGAAUGGCAUCCAGAUAAAUUACUUUGUAAAAGAUUCAAUGUUGCAGAUCCAUUUCCGAGAUCUUCGAAGAUUGGUAUCCCACAAGGGAAACUAGAAAAGCUUUCCAUUAAAGACACUAGUACCUUUCUACAAGCUGUAUCUUUUCAACAUCCAUCUGAUGAACUUGAAAAGCAGAAAUUGGACUCUAAACAAAGCAAUGUGGAUAACGAAGUAAUAUCGACUGAUGGAAAUCAGUUAUCGCAAAAUCCCAGCAUGAGAACGGACACGGAACAUGACCUUAUCAUUACGGGUAAUAAUGACAAUAGUAACAUCGAGGACGACCACCCACCCAUAGAUCUCUUCAAGGCAAUUUUUGCCAGCAGCGACUCAUCUGAUGCUGGUGAAUCAAGUGCAAAUGAAUCUUCUGACACAAAGGAACUACUACCUUCAUCAUCAGAACGCGGUGCGAUAGCUAAUAUCAAUUUGACUAGCCCAGCGACUGUUCAAAUAAAGGUCGAAAUAGACAUCCCGACGGUAUCUACAAAUGCUAGUGUAUGUUUACGUAAAUCAACUUACGAGGAGGUAAAUUCGACAACAGAAAAAUCUUAUUAUGGACCUGCACUUCCUCCUAUCUCAAGUUUACCAGCUGAAAAUGUCUCUGAGAGUAAGUUAUUUGGUAAAUCGAAUAAGCAUUACAAAUCACACGAGCAUAAGCACAAGAAGCACAAGCACAAACAUAAGAAAAUAAAAAAGAGUAAAAAAGAAAAUCGCUAG